AUGCCGCCGCCGCGCGAGCGCGCAUCGCCGCGGCGGACGCCCUCGCGAUGGCGCGCGCGACGACCGAGAAGACUCGCGAUCGCGCUCGUCCUCUGCGCGCUCGCGGCGCUGUCGCCGCGCGCGUCCGCGGCGGUCGACGACGCCUCGGCCGACGACGAUCCCCAAGUGCGAGGAUCCAUCGCGAUCGAGCUCUCCACGAGAGACGCCGUCGCGGCGCGGCGCGACACGUACACGUACGCGCACGCGUCGAUGCCCAAGGACGGCGCGCACUACAUCGCGCGGUUCGAACCCAAGGCGGACAUGGCGAUCGUGCAUCACAUGCUGCUGUUCGGGUGCGAGCGCGGCGUCGCGUCGACGCUGCGCACGCGAAGCGGCGGAAUGUUCAGCGCGCCGGGCCCCGCGGCGACGUCCGUCGAGCCGAGAGGCGCGAUGUGCGCGGACUCGAACGUCGAGCCGUUCAUCUUCGGCUGGGGGAAGAACGCACCGGACUUGGUCCUCCCGAAGGACGUCGGCUUCCGCGUCGGCGCGGAGGGCGGCGGGUUCGAAUCGCUCGUGCUGGAGGUGCAUUAUCUCGAGGCGCAGGCGCGUUCUCCUCGCACCGGUCCCCGUACGACCGCGUCGGCGUGGUGA